CUGGAAUGAGCAUUCACCUAUUUAAUUCCCUUCCUCCAUUUGAUCGAUUGUGGCACAUUUGCAAUCGAACUGCUGCCGUAGUAGUGUCUUUCAUGGGAAGAAAAAUAACCAGCAUGAACGAGCUCGACAAGGAUCAAAUAUCCAUGCUGAAGUCAACUUUCGAUGCUUUCGAUAUUGACAGGAAGGGUUACAUCGAAACAGAAAUGAUCGGAAUGAUUAUGGAUAUGCUUGGGGCUCAGGUCGAUGCGGAUGAAUUGGAGUGCAUUAUAAAUGAAAUUGAUGAAGAUGAAAAUGGCGAAAUAACAUUCGACGAAUUUCUUACGCUUGCAGCCAAAUUUCUGGUUGAUGAUGAAGAUACAGAUGCCAUGCAGACAGAGUUGAAGGGUGCGUUUAGAAUGUACGAUAAAGAAGGAAAUGGUUUUAUAACGACGCAGGUGUUGAGGGAGAUCCUGAGGGAACUUGAUGACAACUUGAGCGAAACAGACCUCGAUAAUAUGAUAGAAGAAAUUGACACUGACGGAUCAGGAACAGUCGACUGGGAAGAAUUUCGAGCAGUUAUGAUUGGUUGAGUAGGCCAUAUAAUAUCUUUUCUACUUUUUGACAUUUGUAAUUGAGGAUCAAAUAGAUUAUUGAUGGUUGAA